UACGACGACAACAUGAGCAAACGAGCCAACGGUCCAAAGCUGGAAUUGGAGCUGAACUUGUCGCCGCCAAGGCGGGAACACUCGCCUGCUGAGUCUCUAAAUGUUUCGAACUCUUCUUCGUCGGAAAUGUCCGUUGAAGGCUCAUGCGUUUCAUCAGAGCCUGAAGAUCAGCCUAUGACGUUGCAGUACUCCCCAAGCAACGCGGAACCCAGAUCGAUGAUGCUCGUAGGAUGUCCCAGAUGCCUCAUGUACGUCAUGUUAUCCGAGUUGGCUGAUCCAAAAUGCCCCAAAUGCAAGAGUACUGUCUUGCUCGAUUUCCUCAAGGAAGAAAAUGCCAGGAAUACAAGAAACUGAGCUAGCUAGCUGGAGCAUGCAUUUGCAUGGCUUCCUUUUCCUGUUCCUCAUCAGCAUCAAUUCCAACUGCGCGCUUCUCUUCUCUUUUUUUCUUUCUUUCUUUUCUUUCUCGAUGCUAGCUUAAUUUGGCUUGACCUUAUUUAUUUUUCUAAUUCAGCUUUUAUUUUCUUUCUUCGAUCAGCUUUAAUUAUUUUAAGGUGUUUCUCUUGUCUACUAUAUAUUAAUU